GCGCGCAUAUUUUCAUCAAAAUCCAUAUAUCUAUUUUUUAAUCCUCGACUGCCGCCGUAUUGCUGGUUGAAGUCGACGAGAGGACACUAUUUCACAAUGCAACGCUUUUAAUAAUCUUUGCGCAAUCUUCACAUCUCAUCUUUGCGUCCUCUGAAGUGCGCAUUUGUUUUAAACUUCAAUUUUCCUUCCGUCACUUGGACAGCAUCAUGACCGGUUUGUGGGAUCGCAUCCCUUUGGAAUGGUGGGAAUUACGCGGCGAGAUGCCGGAGCGCAUGUAAACGCCAAUGGAGUUUGGGAUUUAUUGCAAAAUAUGGGAAAGAUGACCGUCUUGUCUUUGUGUUUUCUCUUGUGCGCUGAUCUACUGCAAGUAGCUGUCGGAUAUUUGACCGUAACGAUAGAGCCCUUGCUACCUGUUGUUGUGGGAGAGACCGUGACUCUAAAGUGCAACUUUAAGACAGAUGGAAGAUUGCGAGAGAUUGUGUGGUACAGGGUUACUGACGGGGGCACUAUUAAGCAGAAGAUUUUCACGUACGAUGCUAUGUUCAAUACCAAUUACUCCCAUAUGGAGGAUUACCGCCGACGGGAAGACCUGGUAUAUCAGUCGACAGUCCGGCUCCCAGAGGUUCGGAUUUCAGACAACGGACCUUAUGAAUGCCAUGUAGGAAUCUAUGAUCGUGCAACACGGGAGAAGAUCGUCCUGGCAUCAGGGAACGUCUUGCUUACGGUCAUGUCUCCACCCAACAACAUCUCAGUGGUGGCAGAGAACACCCCAGCACCAUUCAGCCGCUACCAGGCCCAGAACCUCACUCUGGUCUGUACUGCCAAAGGAGGCAAACCAGCCCCAUCGGUAUAUUUCAAGCGUGAUGGAGAAUUGAUAGAGGUGAUCUCCUACGUUUCACCCACCAUGGGUUACGAGGGCAUUGGCUCUGCUGGUGUGCGUGGAGCCAGACCUCUGAUCAGCAGGGACCUGGAUGACACCAAGCUGAGGAAGUCUCUUUCUCUGCUGGGUCCGGACGGCAGGCCCGGAAGACUCAAUACAGAAAGCCCUGGACGGAGCUACAUUGCCAAGCAGCCAGGUCACGAGCCCAGCCCGGCCACAGAGACCAUCCCAGAGACAGUGGUCAGCCGGGAGUUCCCACGCUGGGUCCAGAGCACAGACCCCCUGUACUACUUUAGCAACAUGCAUAUGCCCCAGAGCGAUGGGUCAGUGCUGGUUCAGGCCAAACUCACCUGGACCCUAAAUCCGCAGUUGGACAACGAUGCACUCUUUAGCUGCGAGGUCACGCACCCGGCUCUCUCCAUGCCUAUGCAGACCGAGGUCAUAUUGGCGGCUCCGAAAGGCCCCAAGCUUGUGAUAACCCCUACCAGGGCAAAGGUAGGGGAUACAGUUCGCAUCACCGUCCAAGGUUUCCAGGUAGGAUCUCCAGGGAAUGAGGUGUUUCCUGAGCCUCUGUUCACCUGGACGCGGGUUGGUGGGAGACUGCUGGACGGCAGUACAGAGAAAGAUGGGAAGGAGCUGGUGUUGGAGCGAGUCCCUGCAGAACUCAACGGCUCCAUGUACCGCUGCACGGCUCAGAAUCCACUGGGCUCUACUGACACACACACACGCCUCAUUGUUUUUGAAAACCCCAGUAUGAUGAAAAACACACAGAACCCGAACAAUGGAGCGCCUGGUUUGCACAAGCUUGGACUGAUAAUACUGCCUCUUGUUCUCAUAAUGACUGUUGAACUGACGUGAAUAUCUUCAAUUCAACCACACACAAACACACCUCCUCUCCAGUCCGCCACACACACUCACAAACACACACACACACACACACACACACACACACACACACACACACAUACACACACAUACACACACACACACACACACACACACACACACACACACACAA